AUGAGUGGCCUUGGAUUUCAACUCUUUCGCUUCUCCAUUAGAAGGAGUCGGACUGGAGCUUCUACAGCCGGUUGGAAUACUGUUUUAAGAUAUAUUUGUUGUGACCCAUCAAUGGGGCGGCGCUCGGAAGAAUUAGGCCUUUCUCCAUUUCGGCUACUUGGUCCUCCAGAAGUCCCUCCUUCCACAUUUACUGCGAAUUCAUAUCCAGAUUAUACUCAAGACCCUGUCCGUGAUAGAAUCAAGAACUGGAGGGAUUGGGACCGCAAACCGAGCAAGCAGUUUCAAUUGUUUUGUGAAAGGUUUAUAUAUAAGCAAAGCCUUUACACUCUCUGCAGGAAAGAAAGUUCAACACCUUUUCUGCAACACCACUUGGAGUUGUCCUGGAGUCACUGUCCCCAAACCACUCUCAAACUCAUUUGCCUCUUGAGGAGGACCGGUCUUUUUAGUAAACGAAGCAGAGAGGAUUUCUACACAGCAGCUAUAUGGCUCCACCGAUACCACUCUGAAACAUUAGCAUACAACGUGGGGGCAUUUUCCAAAUUUGGGUGUUUAAAAGACUUGCUGGAAAUUCUCUACCGGAUUCUCAAUGGGCUACAAGUUCGGCACAUCCAAAUUAUGAGGAGGGAUAAGGUUAUGAAGGAGCGACAGAAAGCAAAGAUGAUAGUGCAAAGACAGCUACUCCAUAGAAUUAGGCUGAAGAAAAUGAAUUAUGAGGAAAUACAGAUGAGGACGAGAAAGCUACAAAAGAGAUUGGUGGCAGAGAUAAUGAAGCCUAAAGUAGUGCAGGAAAGGAGCGUCACACAUUCGAGAAAUGAGAAAAGAAUUAUGAUGGCAAAGAAGGCCAUUGAGAGGUACAACCAUGAUCCAAAAUACCGUUACUUACACAUCCAGAUUGCCAAUCUUUUUGCAAAGCUACUUAAGGCUGACCUCGAGUACUUGAUUUCUGGGCAGAUGACAAAAAUCAGCAUGGCUUCAAAAUGGUGCCCUUCUCUUGACUCAUCUUAUGAUCGAUCAACUUUAUUUUGUGAGAGUGUUGCGAGGAAGCUUUUUCCAUAUGAUUCUUGUCCUGAAUACAGAGAGCUUGAUGAGGUCCAUUAUGCUUACAGGAUCCGAAAUCGAUUACAGAAAGAAGUCUUGGUCCCUCUGCGCAGAGCCCUAGGCUUGCCAGAAAUUUACAUGAGUGCCCGUCAGUGGAACCUGCUUCAGUAUGAUCGGAUUGCAUCUAAUGCCAUGAAAACUUACAAGAGAUUGUUCUAUAAACACGAUCGCGAUGGGAUUUUGCAGCACCUGCAAAAAGUGCCAAAAACAAGUACCAAAGGGUUGUACCCUCAUGAGAUACUAAGGCUCUUAGGUUGUGAUAGUGGUCAUGAAGUUGCUGACCUGCAAUGGAAAAGAAUGAUUGAUACCUACUUUAGCAAAGGAAAGUUUGUAAACUGCAUUUCAGUAGUUGAUACUGCCCUAUUUCGCAGGGGAAUUGAUUGUACGGAAAGAUUUUGCCUAGCAUUUCCACUGAUGACAUCUGAACUCUGUGCAAGCCCAUGGAGGGGAAAGGUCUUGACAUACAGUAACAAUCCUGCGUUUGUGAACAUUGACGGAGAUGAUCUUGGAUCAAGGAUAAGUUUUUUGAGUUCUCUACCAAUGGGUAAAUGCCCGAAGCUCGUACAGUUGUUGGAUAAAAUUUUGGAAACUGCAAUAGAUUUGAAAUUGAGUAAGGAGAAUAUGAUUGAAAGGAUUUUCGUUUUUGAUCAUUGGGGUAAUUGUUUUAGCGGUUGGGUAGAGAUUUAUGAGAGAAUGCGUGAAAAGUACGAAAGGAAUGGGUAUGUGAUGCCAAAGUUUGUUCAUUGGAAUCACCACGAUCGAGCCACACGGACGCAUGAAGACUAUUUCUCGGUUAAGGGUGACUUAACAGAAAUAAUAGCAACAGAGUCAAGUUUUAUAAAUUUCUUGGAGAGCAACGGGACCUUGAGUCCAAUGGUUGUGAUGGAAUCGAAGAUAUGCAGUGAAGAUUACUUGAAACUUGUGGUGCGUGAUUAA